AUGGGUGAUGCCGAAGUGCCGCCCGAGCCGCGAGUCCUGCCGGCAGCAGUUGUCGACGGCGUGCAGGAUGCUCUGAUUGGGAUGCGCACCCGCACGAGCUUUGGGUCGCGGGUUUUCUGGGGGUCAGUAGUCAGCUGCUAUUGGGUCUCGGGCGGUUGCUUCUACAAAGUGAGCUUUGACGACGGCGACGUGGAUCUCUUCUCGGCGGACGAGGUCCUCCAGGACGUUGCUGCAGCCAAGCGACAUGCGAAGGAGAACCCACAAGCGUUACAGGAAGAGCAGGGGAGUACAUGUGAACCUGCGAACGAGACGACGGGAGACGACUACGUGACACUCAUGAGGCACCAUAGCUUGAAGCGGAAGCGGGAAGACGGUGCGGGCGUUACGGCUUCGCGCACGAGGCGCGUGCGUCUGUGGGGUCAGAGGCUGUAUGCAUCUAUCUACACAAACCGGCAGAAUGAGACGUUUAUCAAGAAACUGAUCAAGACGGAGGAGGGAGAAACCGGGGAGAUGGAAGCUACAGGAGAGGUCAAGGUGGGCGACAUGAUCGUAGCUGUGGACGGAACUAGAGUGCUGGGCAUGACGAGCAGGGACCUGGCAGCACUCAUUCGGAAACCCAGGCGACCGAUUACGUUGACGUUCUAUCGACCACAAGGUCCAGCGGUACUUGCACAGCAGCAAGAGAACCCGACGACGACACGGGACAAACAGCCCGUCGCGUCGAGUGCUCUAGCGACGGUUACGGCUGCUGAAGCGCAGACACAACCGAUUCAGCAAAACUUGACGCAAGCUCAGUUCGUGUCGUCGAUUCCGCUUGCCUCUGCAACACCUGUAACGCAAACUGUUGCGUCAACCCCUGCUCUGGUACCGCCGUCGUAUGCCGUUCCUCAGCAAUCGCUGACCCGCCCGUCGUCGAUAGUGCAAAAGAUGGCUGCUCAAUGGAUCCAACAAACGUGCAUGUCGCAGGCAUAUGACCUAUCGUCGAGCAAAGAAUUGAUUCUGCAACGACUGAGUCAGAUUGCUGCUGCAAGGCAAGCAGGCUACUUAUUGGGGUAUCCACCGGGCAUGUUUAUGCAUGGAAACGUGCUUUCUACUGGUGCAGUACCUGUAGCUAACGGCAGCACAACUCAGUCCCAUCCGAUGUGCUCUGCUACGCAACGAGUCACCACCACUGUUCCACUGACACCUACGCCGGAUAUUCGGACUCAUGCUGCACAAGAUACGAGACCGAUGUACCAAGCCGGAGUCACCACGUCUGUCAAUCAGCCUUAUCGUAACCAGGAGCAAGGUUGGCAACAACAUGACGGCAGGAUGGCUCGUGCACAAGUGCAGCAGGUGCAGACAGUGCCUGGUCCGACUGGGCAUUCCAAUGAGCGAAUACUAUCCAACCCAACAACAGAGGCGAACGCAAUGACAAAUGAGAUGCCUGUACCUGAGGCUGUGUCGAAGCAAAUGGAACAGGAGUCUACAACGUCGCGGCAAUCCUUCGAUCAAGAGGUCGUGAGCAAUCGAAAGUCGGCUGAAGAUAUCUCGCGUGAAAGCCUCAGCUCCACAAGCAACUCGGAGUCCUCUGCUUCCAUUGUUGGCGCGAAGACGCUAGUUGUGCAGGAUACCGAAGCGUCUGCAACACUGGACGAUAAAUGCUUGCAGGCUGCUGAGCAUGGUAUGGACGUCUCUACGGACACUUCGUUGCCGCUAUCAACGGAUGUGCCGGAAGAUGAAGAAAUGGACGAUGGGACUUUGUGCGUACCGGCAAGUACACUGGCUGAUGAAAGUCGAUUGACGGUGAAGGCGGAGGUGAGUGCUUCCACCUCGAUGUCGUUCCUUUCGCCUAGCGAUUUCAGCAGCGAGUCGAGCGUUCUACCGCAUCAGUUGUCUGCUGGAAGUGCACCCGCUCCCUCUGCCAAAGUCGAGUCAAGCGCUGGCCUCGUGAGUGUAAAAGUUUAUCGUCGCCGGCUGUGCCUCACUUUAGGUGUUCAGGGUACUUUGAUUGCAGUCACUUCGUUCGUCUCGGACGACUGUGGUCAGCCUGGCGAGGUCGAAGCGAGCGGCCGCGUGUUUAUUGGCGAUGUCUUAAUGCGUGUCAACGGAACCUUUAUCGUCCCAGGGUUGACGCCUGGUCAUGUAGCAAAUAUUGUAACCUGCUCGCCAAGGCCAGUGACACUUUGGUUUAAGCGCGCAUCGUGGGAUAUUCUCGAUGGCAAAGCGUAG